UAGUGGCUUUUUGUUCUCGCGAUGUUUCCGGGUACACGGGAGCCCGGGCGACCCGGGCUUCUGUGAAACAUGGCGGUCGGCUGGGACCGUAGCACAAGCAUGACCAUAUGAAGGAAAAGGAAGGUUUUCCUGAAGAUGAGGCGACUGAAUCGGAAAAAAACUUUAAGUCUGGUGAAAGAAUUGGAUGCUUUUCCAAAGGUUCCUAAAAGCUAUGUAGAGACUUCAGCCAGUGGGGGUACAGUUUCUUUAAUAGCAUUUACUACUAUGGCUUUAUUAACCAUAAUGGAAUUCUCAGUAUAUCAAGAUACAUGGAUGAAAUAUGAAUAUGAAGUAGACAAGGAUUUUUCUAGCAAAUUGAGAAUCAAUAUAGAUAUUACUGUUGCCAUGAAGUGUCAAUAUGUUGGAGCAGAUGUAUUGGAUUUAGCAGAAACAAUGGUUGCAUCUGCAGAUGGUCUAGUUUAUGAACCAGCAAUAUUUGAUCUUUCACCACAGCAAAAAGAGUGGCAGAGGAUGCUUCAGGUGAUUCAGAGUAGGCUGCAAGAAGAGCACUCACUUCAAGACGUGAUAUUUAAAAGUGCUUUUAAAGGUACAACUGCACUUCCCCCAAGAGAAGAUGGUUCAUUACAGCCUCCAGAUGCAUGCAGAAUUCAUGGUCAUCUGUAUGUCAAUAAAGUAGCAGGGAAUUUUCACAUAACUGUGGGCAAGGCAAUUCCACAUCCUCGUGGUCACGCACACCUGGCAGCACUCGUCAACCAUGACUCUUACAACUUUUCUCACAGAAUAGAUCAUUUGUCUUUUGGCGAGCUCGUUCCAGGAAUUAUUAAUCCUUUAGAUGGAACCGAAAAAAUUGCUGUAGAUCACAACCAGAUGUUCCAAUAUUUUAUUACAGUUGUGCCAACUAAACUACAUACAUAUAAAAUUUCAGCUGAUACCCAUCAGUUUUCUGUGACAGAACGGGAACGUAUUAUUAACCAUGCUGCAGGCAGCCAUGGGGUCUCUGGGAUAUUUAUGAAGUAUGAUCUCAGUUCUCUUAUGGUGACGGUUACUGAGGAGCACAUGCCAUUCUGGCAGUUUUUUGUAAGACUCUGUGGUAUUGUUGGAGGAAUCUUUUCAACAACAGGCAUGUUACAUGGAAUUGGAAAAUUUAUAGUCGAAAUAAUUUGCUGCCGUUUCAGACUCGGAUCCUACAAGCCUGUCAAUUCUGUCCCCUUUGAGGAUGGCCACACAGACAACCACUUACCUCUUUUAGAAAAUAAUACACAUUAGCACCUCCUGAGUGAAGGAGAAGAACUUUUUGCCUGAGACAUAAAACCUUUUUUAAUAAUAAAAUAUUGUGCAAUAUAUUCAAAGAA